ACCACAAUUUCCUGUUGAACUCAUUUGAAAAGAGUGUUCCUGGGGAAGUUAUGAAGACAGCAAGUAAGUUUCUGCCUUAAUUUCUGUAUGUAUGAUUAAGAGUGCUGUCUUAUUUGUGCCAGUUGCAGCUUAUCUACAGUGUUUCUCAGACUGUGAUGUCUUUUGGGGGGGCAAGAAGACUUGUGCUUCCAUGUAACAUAUGGGCAGAUUGGGGUUUUCAGCAGUCCUGUCAGUAUGUUGCUCAGGAUCAGCUGUGGAAGGAUAAAGGCAACUCGUGCUGAAACUGUGAGGAAAGCAGCUUAAAUAUUCAGUUGCAAGAUGCUGCUGCAGUUGAGAUGUCACAUAAGAAAAUAUAACCACUAGUAAAUCUACUGUAUGACUGUAAGCGUUCCUUAAAGGUAGUAAAUGAAAGAAGAAAAAAGAAGAAAGUAUUUCACAUGUUCAAACCAGCAUGUAUUUUAAAUUACUAAACUAUUUAUGUCUUCAGAUGGACUUCUCCAGCCUUAUGUAGCACAAGCUGGAGACCUCCCUUUAUGUUCACAAAACAGAUUUUUCAAUAGAAAGGAUAUUUGUACAUUUUUUGCUAGCAGUCAUGGCUUCCUGCCUUUGUUAGGGGAAACACAGUGGAGGGAAGCAGCAACCUAGCUGUCUGUCUGAUGCACAGAUAACCUGCUCUGGGUGCAUGGUUACUGUACAGCUUGCGGCACAGAUAGGACUGGUUUGACUUUGCCUGCAGCGUCUGUCAUGACAGGAGUUGAACUGUUAGUUAGAGCUCAAAUGUGUACAAAGAACUAAAUAUAGCUCUCAAAUAAAGGGAUUAUCCAGAGAGAAUACUAGGUGCUGUACUUUUUUCUGGGCACACAGUUUGUGUAAGGAAAUGUUGUGGGAAAGUCUGGGUUGCUAGGCAGUUGUUUUACUAUGGGAACUUAGCCAAUGCAGAGCAAGUCAUAAAGACUGUUCUUUUCAGGCCACUUAACAGCAGAGAGCCUCAGUAGCUUCUUUGCACUCAGUUUUCCUCACUGUCUGAACAUUUAGGAAACCUUUUAUGUCAAAACCCCUCACUCUUACAGCUGAUAAAAUACCUGCUAGUCUCUUUUCUCCCUUCAUCCAAAAAGUUUCCCUAUUUUAACGCGUCUCUGAUCUUCAGUUUUUAAAUUUCAGCUUACGCAAAACUUCAAUCAUCACUUCUGGAAAAAGUGAGAUUGAGAAAAUGCAAGAAAGCUGCUAACCUGAAAACUAAAAAAUGCAAGAAAAUGAAAGUCGGAAUUCUUACAGUUCAGUGUGUGAAACAAAUAAAUGAGAAAAUAAUUUAUUUAUCUGUAUGCUCAUCAGUGACUCUUUGAGUUUCUUUGUUGGCACUCUCAUUUUAAAAAUUAACUCUGCCUAAAGUUAAGCAAACUAGAAUACUAUCCUAAACAGUUACACCAACUUAAAACCUCAGUAACUGGAUGUGCAGUGGCUUAUGAAGGCACAAAAAGAUUCCUGUAGUUCAUAUGAAGAACCACGGGAUCCAGACUCUUAUGAAGGCAGUAAUAGGAACUGAUUUCCAUUUCCAUUUCUUAGUUAAAGUGAGAGAAAAGUGUAGCCCUUGGGCAUUGCUCUGCAUGUCAGUGAACUGUGCAAGGCAAUCUUAGGUACUUCAGUUACGGGAUUAGAAAUUCAACUCCAGACAGUGGGAUGCCAGAGAGCUGUUCUCCAGGAGUUACUGAUACUGUACCAGCACUCUGACUCUGAUUUAAAGAAGAAAGAGGAUAUUUUUCAAUACUAGUUUGGCUCCAUUGGAUCCUGUGAUUCUGCAAAAGGGUUGGUGUCAGAGAGACUACAGUGAGAACAGGCACUGAUGGGCCUCACCACUGCCAGCAGGGCCUAGAGGCCAGAGAAGUGUGGAGAAAAGGAUUUUGCAUUCUGAGUCACCUUCCCGGUGUUGUGUGACAAAUUUUAAUUUAAAGGAUUAUUGUAGUUUAGUCUUAGCAGUGCCAGCCCAAAUCUCUAUGUGUGCCGAGCUUGGCAACGAUGGGAAUGGUUUGCCAUCAGUGCUUAGGAGGAGGAUGAGUUUCACGUAAAGGGAACCUCUCAGUCCUGCUGCCUGCAAUGCACAAGCUCUUUGGUGGCUUGAGAAACCAGAAGCUUGGUGUCAUCUUUCACAGUUAUUACAAGUGCCUGCCUUCAUUUGUUUUGACAUACCUGCUUUAAUAUUUCUUAAAGCGUGGAUAGAACAUUAUGGCCUCGUUUCGGCUCAUGUUUGUUAGUUUCAUUUUUAGUUUGCAUUUUAGCAGAAUAUAAAACCGUAUUUUGUUCAUACACUAGUUCAGUGUCUUUCUUACUGUACUUCAUAAAUAAGUCAGUGUACAGGGUUGUAUUACAGAAGCUCUACUAGCUGAUAAAUAAUGCAUUUGGCUAGCCAUACGAUUCUGUGCUUGUCUGUCUGCCCAGUGCUCAUCUAAUUCACGACAUGUUUAUUUAAUGAUAAAGUGUGUAAGUUGAGAUUAGAUUUUUUGUUGUACCUCUCAUAAAACUCAUGCAUGUUCUGAACUAGAUGCUUCUGCAGUGUUUACACAGAGUAAUAUUAUAUAAAGAAAAAAAUAUUUAUUUAUUUCUUGUCUAAUACCUCUGAGUUUUGCUUUUCUAUUAUUAAUUUUUCUACAAAGUAAUGAAAUUGAUUUGAUAAGCAGUGUGUUCACCUAAGCCCAGGUGACUGCCACAUGCAGGUUCCCUUUUUAAAGAUCUUCAGAAGGUAUUAGGGCAUCUCAGGGGAUGGCUAUUCUGUGUCCAUCGUGUACUUAACAUAUGUGAAAUCCUCUCAUAUUGUCUGCAUGAUUCAGGAAAUUGAGUGGGUCUGUUAUGAGGCAAGGGUCUGAAGAGCAGUUUGCAGGAAAUGUAUGUGUAUUGAUAUUAGAAGAUACCUCGGCCUGUGAAAAGGCAGUGGGAUACUGAAGAGUCACAUGCAUAAUGAGCAGGGAAACCCUUACAAGCAUAGCAAAAAACUUGAGCAAACAGCUAAAGUGAAAAUAAACCAAUCUGUCAGGACCUUUGAAAUUGCAGAAUUAUCUUUGGAUAUUCAAGCUGAAAGAGGUAUUCAAAAUAAUGAGGACUAAGAAGGAAGUAUUGCCAGGCAGGCUUGAGAUUAUCAAUGCUGAGUCUUUGAUGGUCUCAGGAAAAUAUUUAAAAUAUUCACAAUUUAUCCAGCAUUCAAAAUAUAGACCUUUACAUGCAUGAUAAUGAUGAGGAUUGCAUUUUACUGGAGGAAGUCAAGAGCACUGGCCAGAAGUCUCAGGAAAACAAAGUCUAGAGAGUACAUAGCUCUGCGCAAGAUGAUGCAUAGAAGGAGGACCUGUUCAGAAAGUCACGUGUUAUGUAAUACACAGAAAGAAAAAACGAUUCUUAAAUAAAGAAUGAGGAAAGUCAGUUCUGCAGAUAGUGCCUAAGAAAGGUGAGCCGUUAAGCUGCACAAGUUACCAUAAGAUGGCUGCUCAGUGAGAUUAAGUCCUUCUCAACAGAGAAGCCUAUCUGCAAAUAGGCUGCUGCUCCAUGUCUGGAGCUGACAGGACUUUGAAGCUGAUUGAUCUGCUUUAGCAAAGUACUUCACUUGGGAGUUCAUAACGUCUUUUUCUGGGAUCACUGGAGGUAGGUAGUGUUGACUCCCAGAAACUUCUCAGAUGUUAUGAGGUCAGUGCUCUUAAUGAGCAGCCCAGACCAGGCAACCAGUAUGAGGUGAAAACUUGCAGUAGAUAGGAUAUCUGUUAUCUCUCAGUGCUUUCCUAGCCUUCAUUGAGAAGCUCAUAAAUGGAGUAAUGAUGGCAGAAAGGAUCUCUUGUGCAAAAAAAAAAAAAAAGAGAGAAUGUAGAUUUGAAAAGGAAAGUCAACAGCUUCUUCAGGCUGAUGUGUUACUUGGCCUGCUUAUCAGUGCAUUCAGGGCAUGGCAAAAACAGUGGCCUUCUGCCAAGGAGAUAAAGAGAAUUAUGUGGAUAUUAAGGGCAGUGGCAGGGCUGAUGGGCAUCACUUUCCAUCUUAUGGGAGCUUCUUCACAUAGGUUAGCAAUUAUUAAAAGAAAUCAUGAGGAACUGUGCAGCAAAGGUGGUCUUGUCUUAUGCAAGGCCUACACAGAGGGAGAUAUCAAUAAUUUUUAACUUCUGAUUUACAAAACCCUUAGGAAUAUCCAGGAAGUAUUAUGUAGAAAACCAAGUUUCAUUGUCAGUGAAUUACUGAAGUUUUGUGAGCAGUGCUGAGAGAGUAGAAAAGGGGUUUAAAGAAAAAGACAGACAGUGUGUCAUAUAUUGCAGUUUAGGCCCCCCUCUAAAUGACAGUAUCGCGUCUGUUUAAUUCAUCAGUUCUCCCUGGCACUGUAAAUAAAGUUGAUCCAAUAAAAUAGUUCUAUCAUUUGUUUUGAAUCUAAAAAUGUUGCUACUGAAGUUUUUAAAGAGAAAAUAUUUUCCAAUGUGCAUCACUGUUACCUAAAUUGGGGCUGGACUAUGCAGAGCCUUCAUCAUUCUCUCAGUCAUGUCAGGCAUUGGUUAUACCUCCAUCUCCUUUUCAAGAGUCUGCCAGGAGGCAAAGGAUUGUAUUUGGAGAUGAUUGCAUCUACUGCUGACUCCGAUGGAAAUAUAGUAGCAUUAUCUUUGAAUUGAUCAUGAAUCUGGAGAUUUAUGAUCCCUGAGGUUCCUACCAACCCGGGCUGUUCUGUGUUCUAUCUUUAAAGUGUAGAUGGGCUGUGUGGAUGGAAGGCAUUUGUUAAAACAUUCCUCUGCCUUGUUUAAUUAAUUUGUAUUGCUUAGAGUCUUCAUAGUUUAAUUUUUCCAACAGUUAUCCUUAGAUUUAUGGGUAUCAGAGUGGUGCCACCCCGUGAGCAUUUUUUGGAAUAGUCUGUGUAGUGAUGUCUUGUGGGGAACAAGGAUAUAAGGUACUGAAAUCUUAGCAGCCCUCAUAUAAGCCAAAGCCUUUUCUAUGAAGUUCUUAAAUGUGUGUCAAUAAAGUGUCCAUAAAGGAUAUUGAUAGGAGGAAUGUAUACUGAGGUGAAAUGCACAGGGGACAAGCAUUUGUAAGGCAAAGAUCUCAGUAAAAGCUGUAAGUAAUAAGUAGAUGUAAUUACCUGCCUCAUAUGCUCUUCCCCUUUUUAAAUCCCUCUGAUAGCAAAAGUUUAGUUUUGUCCAUUACCACAUACAUUCAUAGCUGCUUCCUGCUUAUGAAUCCAGUAAACAUGUCUGUCAAAUGCUGAUGAUGCAUUUCUGCUCUCAUAUCCUCCUGUGCACAUGUGUAUGUCACACAAAUGCCAGAUAGCUGUAUUCUGGUGAAUCUUUUGAGAUAAAAGAAACAGGAGUUUCCCAAGGGGAACGAUGAAGCAAAUGGCUCAGGGAACUGGUGUCUAAAGUUUGAGAUGACAAUAAAAAUUAAGGAACUGAAGCUAUGGGGAUGCAAAGAGUUUUCAGAAAAUAAAAAACUGAACCUCAGUCUCUGAGCGCAGCUUUCAAGAACUAAUGAUUUCCUUCCCCCAGUCCUCCCAGCACAUAUGUACAUCUUUUCCUCAAAAUAACAAAUUAUGAUGACUACAGUGCUGAGGGAGAGCCAAAGGACUUGCUAAUAUAUAUUCUGUAUACCAGUGGUGACUAUGUCAUACAGAAAAAAUGCAUGGGAUUUUUUUCCACAUUUUUAAUAGCAAUAAACAACAGAGGUCAGGAAGGACAUUUCCUAAGGAUUUAUUGACUGUUUUGAGUUAAUAUCCUUCAUCUUACUUAUGAACCAGCAUUUGCUUCUAUUUCACUAUCAAGCUGCGGUGAACAUCCUGCAGCUUGACACCAUUUCCUACAUAACAGCAAUGCAAAUCAGUAGAAAUGGUAUUCAAAAAGUGGGUGGAAACACUGCUGUACACAUUAAAUGCAUGCUUUGUGCAAGAAUAAGUCAGCACAGGACCACACUAGUUCUCGUGGGAUGCAACACUGCUCUUUCUUUGACAUUCAGGGAAACUGACCAGUUCUACCUCUCUGCCAUGCAGUAGCCUCACUGCCCACAGCCAAAUGGAGCAGGUAGCAUUAAUACAGCAGUGCCUCAAGAUGUUGUGGCAUAGGCGUGGGGCCUCCUGUGUCACUGUUUUGUCCCCUUCUAAUAUCCAGCCUUAAAAUGUACUAGAUAAAUGCACCAUCUUUGACGAGCCCCCGAAUGAAACUGUGUUUCCUUUCUGAGAAAUUAGAGGCAGAGAAUAAGUGCAGCAUAAGAACUGUCUCAGGGAAAGCACAGAUGGAAUCUGACAAAGGAGAACCAUGGAAACUUUAUAAAUAAAGGCAGAAUUGUUUAUAAAUAUUUUCCCUUUUUGAGUGUGGGUGUGAGAAGUUGCAUUAUUUGAAUGCACUUUUCUCUCACCACAUGUUUUUACCCUCAGUGCUGCAUGAGGCUCCUAUGGAAACAGGCAGCAGUAAUACCAUCACCAUGUGCCCACCAGCUGUCCCUGCAGGGAGUGCAGCGCUGCUGGGGCACCCGCCAGAACCUGGGAUAAACCUGCAGAGGAAGCUGAGCUGUGAGCUGAGCACUGCCUCGCUCUGCCUUGCAGCCAAGCUGGGGAACUCUGGCAGCCCUCUGCUAACAUGACUUCGCUCUCAGCAACCAAACCAGGCCUCUUCCUGCUGCCAGCCACUUUGUAGUUACCCUCCUGUUGCUCAAGUGGUUGCAACUGGAGCUUUCAGCACAUAAUUCAAAGCUUGGGUGACAUGGAGGGUGUUACGGUUUCACGUAGUAGAACUUAUUCCUACUUGAAUUUACAAAACAAAGCAUUACAAGCAGUUAUGCAAAAAAAAAACCAACAACCUUAAAAGAGCUUUGCUUUCAAACUGAGAGGUGGUUUUAUUCCUGUGGUGUCUUGCAUUCUUUACAAGCACACCUUUGGAUUUCAUAUGAACUGCCUCGCACCUUGGAAUUGUGCAGUCCACUUUCAGUGACUCAGCUUCCCAAAGUGCUGGCCACAAAGCUAAGCCCUGGAGAGGGCAGAAGAACAGGGUACACAGGGCUGAGCAGGUGUGCAGGGCCAGGCAGCACAGCAUGGCAUGGCACAAUAUGCCACAGCGCAGCAUGGCAUGGCUUGGCACAGCAUGGCAUAGCAUAGCACAGCAUGGCACAGCAUGGAAUGGCACAGUAUGACCUGGCAUGGUGUGGCACACGCAGCACAAUGAAGCAGAACACCAGCACAGAGGUCACAUAGCAACAGGAAGCUGCAGCAAAGGGAAUUCUCCUCGGAGCAAUCAUGCAAACAGCACUGGCAGUGUGAAGGUGAGCCAGAGGGUGAAGGCACGAUCCUCAAAGAGGUCAUAAAAGUAGAAAGAGGAGGAAGCUGAAAGGAGACUGUCGUUAUCUGGAGAAGGAAAGGACAUGGGGAAGCAAUGCAGGCUCAUGAGAGAAAGUGAGCAGAGUAACAAUACGCAGAAUUAGUCUCCAAACAACACAAGCUAUGUGCCCAAUGACAGGAGUGCUGGUAGGCUCAGAUUAUUCCUCUGUGGGAUGGUUACCUGGUACUGAAUCCCUGUGGCAGUCCGCAACCAUUGCGUCAAGCAGUCAAAGCAAUCCUGUCAGAAGACACAGUAUAGCUUCCGACAGCGGGGACACUGGGAUUGGUACCUCCUGUUCUGAUAGUGUGGAAGAUCAUUCAACUUCAAGUGGUACAUCCUCGUUUAAGCCCAGCCGGUCACUGGUUUCUAUUCCCACUGCCCAUGUGAUGCCGUCUAAUGCCAGCCCUUCACUUUCCAAACACAGGGAAGCUUUCAAGUCUGAUGGCUCUAAAUGGAGUACAAGCUUUGUACGGUCAGGAGGAGGCAGAAAUCCAGAUGCCCUAGACAAUUCUCUUGACAUGAAAGCUGCAAGACCUGUAAGAAAAUGGUCCUCCUUGUCUAAGCUCAGCUCACCAAACACAUUCAGCCAGGAUGGCAGUAGUCAUUCAGUGGACUCGAGAGCUGGUACAGACAAAGCUGUGUCACCGCCGUUGAGGACAAAUGGGCCAAACUGUUUGCAUGACAGCAUGGAGCUGCUAAAGAUUGAGGACAAGGAAAUAGGGAAAAAACGAUCUUCUCUACUGGACUGCAAAUACAAAUUUGAAACGUGCAACAAAGAUGACUUUGUUUUAGAUUCCUCGAGUAGGAGACAUGCCUUAGACUUGAACUACAGUGCCUUACCCGAAAGCAAACCUGCAGCAGCCAGUUGUGAAGCUUUUGGACAGAGAUAUGCAACCUUGGGACAACAGGCUGUGAGUGGAGCUCCCAUACAGCCAGCAGUGAGGACUCAAAUGUGGCUUAAAGAACAGUUACGGGCAAAUCCCCUGGACUGCAGGACUGCAGAAGAGCCCUAUGGUGUAGCUUCAUGGCACGUACAGCAGCUUGAAGACUUUAGGCCAGGAGGUGAAGAGCCUGUGCAGGUUCCGACUGGAACAUCUCGUCAGAGUUACCCAGCUACCACAUAUCAGGACUUCAGCAACUGGGAAUCUCUAAUGAAAAUUAAAGAGGGGCUGCUAAGACAGAAGGAGAUCGUGAUCGAUCGGCAAAAGCAGCAGAUUAACAAUUUACAUCAGAAAAUAAGAGAGAAUGAAUUACGAGUUCAACAUGCAAGACUGAGCCAUCUUGUGAACUGCGAAGAGCCGUACAUGACUAAUUUGCAGCAACCACAGUAUGAGAGUGCAUCACUGCAACCCCAUGUUUCAGAAAGAUCAGCAUCCCACCUUGAGGAGCUUGAGCGAAAGAUUGCAGUGGCUGAGAAUAAGGAGUUACAACUCAGUGAAUUUCUAAAGCAGAUUUCAAACAAAUCUAUGGAGGAGAAAAAGAAGAUGGAAGAAAAACUUAAAACUAGAGACCGCUAUAUUAAUAGCCUGAAAAAGAAAUGCCAGAAAGAGUCAGAGCAAAACAAAGAAAAGCAGAGACGAAUUGAAACCUUAGAAAAAUACCUGGCUGACCUACCAACGCUGGACGAUAUAGAAGGUCAGACUAAACAGCUGCAAAUUCUAGUGGAGAAGAACAAGCAACUUCAAGAAAGUAUGACUGAGUUGGAGAAGAAACUUGGAGAGGCUCGAUCUCAGUGCAGAGAGAGAGAAAUGCAACUGGUGUGUCAGAAGAAAAAAGAAAAAGAGCUGGUUACAACAGUGCAGAGCUUACAACAGAAAGUAGAAAAAUGCCUGGAAGAUGGUAUUCGCCUUCCUAUGUUGGACACAAAGCAGCUUCAGAGUGAGAAUGAAUGUCUCAAAGAAAAGAAUGAGAAGGCCAGUAAGGUCAUAGACAAUCAACAAAAACAGAUAGAGGGACUGAUUUUAGACAUGCAGUCUAUGCAAGAGAAGCUUCUGCAAGAAAAGAGAACAGUUCUGAAGAUGACAAAUGAGCUUGAAGAAAAAGAAAGAAAUAUAGAACAGUUAAAUAAAACUCUCUCUGAAAACCAAAGACUGACAGAAGAAAAUGCUUCUCUGAAGGAGCAGAUACGGCAGGUGGAACAGUCCCGGCAACCAGUGUCUGAAAAAAUGCCUGUAGCAGACCAGUUGUUCAAGGAAAUGUCCCAUUGCUUGUUUGACUUGAAAGCUUUGUGCAGUAUUCUUACCCAGAGAGCUCAGGGCAAGGAGCCUAACCUUUCCUUACUGCUGGGAAUCAGAUCACUGAACUGUUCAGCUGAGGAGAAUGAAAAUUAUCACAGCACAGAGACUCUCUCGAAGAAGCUCUCGGACGUUUGUCAGUUACGAAAGGAUAUUGAUGAAUUAAGGACGAUAAUGUCAGACCGUUAUGCUCAGGACAUGGGGGACAAUUGCAUCACUCAAUGACAACUUUUCAUCCAGUAGCAAAUGACUUAUUAAAUGCUGCUGUGUCACAGGUCUUUGCAUUUCUAUUAAGGAGCCAUAUUAGAAGAUAGCAAAUACCACUGCACAUGCCUCUCUGUGAGGAUCAUCAUAUGUAAUCUUGGGAACCGGGUGGGGAAGGGAGAGUCAUGGUUUGGACAGAGUGGUACAAACUUCAAGAAAUCUUUAUUUUCUCCAAACUACUGAAUGUAGGAACAAGCUGUGAAGAAUGUUUUGGUUGGAUUCUCCGUUUCCUUCCUUGGGGCUCCUUUUAUUGCUUCAACUAGUUUCUGGAAUCGGAGCUUUGGAACAGCCGUGCUGCUACUACUUUCAGUCCUUUCCUCCUUCAAGGGUUUGUGUGGCGUUACCUGCGUUCCGAAAUCAGUGCGGAGAGUCAAAUGACCUUUGGCUGUAUGUGGUGAAGAUGGGGGCUUCUGAAACCUUAGCUGUAGGAACUGCAGUUGGAACAGUCUUAGAAUGCUACGAACAGUAAAUGCUCUUCAGGUUGCCUGAAGAAUUUGCUACAAGAAAUAUCUUGCUUUUAGUAAUGAAUGUCUAGUUUGUUUGCUGAAGAAUGGAAGAAAAUCAACUUUCAAUUCCUUUAUGCACAUGAAGCCCAUAAAAUUUAAGCGUUAUCGCAUUGCUUUGAGGAAUUUCAGUAACAUCAAGUCUGUGACGAGCCCAGAGAAACUGGGAGGUGUGAAACUGCAGUGUAGUACGUGGCUGUCCAAAAAGAAUAGACUGUAUUUAAUGUUCAUACCAUAAUACUUUUUAUUUAUGUCAUCUCCAUUUUAAAACAUGGUUUCUCUGUAUCUGUAUCCCUGGAGACCUCUGAUGAGGUUGUAAACAACCUCAACCAUUCUUUACUGCAGCUACAAAAUGAGCGUUAGGUAUUUGGCAAAGUCAGGGCUCAAAACAGAAUGUCUCCGCUUAUCAGUAUUAAAUUCUCGGUUAUCCAAGGUCUGCAGAAUUUUCCACAUUGUUUGGUAAUUCUUGAUCUCUCCUUUCUUGCAGGAAGAGGUUACCUUAAAAAAAAAAAAAAAAAAAAAAAAAGAGAGAGAUCAUAUUCCAUAGUUUAUUCCAUGAGUGUCACUUGGCAGUGCUACUCCACUCCUGUGGGGCAGAUAAAAUAUUAACACUUCCCUGGAACAGUACUGAAAGUUAUGUGAACAGUUGUGUGUGGUGUAAAAUGGUAUUUAACUGAAAGUAACAAGAACUUGUAAUGAGCAAAACCACUCUAAAAUCACAUUAUCAAGAAAAUAUAUGACCUUCGGUCACACGUGUGAUAUUAAGGUUUCAAGUGGCUAAGGUGCAAGUCAAUCUGAUGACCUGUAUCAUGGAUAACAGCAGAAAUCACUUAGCAUAGAGGUUAGAAUUGUGUAAGUUCUAGGGUAACAGUUUUAUAGCAACAGUUUUCUGAUGAUAUCUAUUUUAAUAGAAAAAAAAAUGGUUAUAGCAAUGUAGGCUGAAUUUACGAAUUGUAACUUGGUGUUUUGCUUUCUGGUCAUUGUUACUUAGUUAAUGUGUUUAUAAUUUAGUGUUGGGUUCUUUUUGUUGUUUUGUUUUGGGUUUUUUUUGCUAUAAUGACUAAUUUAUUUGACAGUUUUCUCUAUGAUGAACCUACACAUGGACUAAUCUGUGAAAAAUGGUGUUACAGUGUAUGUUGUUGCUGCACAGUAUUUUCAGAUAGAGAUUAAUCCGACUGGCCCAGCUUCUGUGGGCACUAAAACAUCUGGGUUAAAUCUCAAGUGAAAUUGCGUGGUGUCUCAGCUCCAAAAGGUUGGAAAAAAAAAGGAAAAAAAGGCCAUUCUAUUUUAAGUUGUUGAAUACUGUUCUUUCUAUAGUUUUGAAAGUAUCCUGUUAUUCUAGUGCAAAACUGAAAACAAGGAUCUUUGCACUAAUUUUCCUGUGUCUCUUGACGUAAAGGCACUGGCUUUUUUGAUGAGGGCCACGGCUGGUUCCUUUGGUAUAGUGCAGUGGUUUUGGCCCUGCAGUGAAGGAACAGUCCCCAGUCUAUGGCUUCUGUCUGGUAUCAGAAAUUCAGCAACAGGUUUUCAGAUAACUAACUAGAAAUAUUAGGGAGAAAGUGAACACCAACACAGCACACUGUUACUUCCUCACAUGGAAAUGUUGUACCUAUACAAAAUACCGAGCAACACAUCUUUCUAAAUUUUGUGGAAAUAAAGCAUUUAAUAGAGAGUUAGGUAGAAACAGGAGAUUUUUUUGAGUCCCUUUGUCCUGUUGUGUUGUCACUUGACUGGUGUGGCUCCACUGUCUCACCUGUUGAAUGUACUGCAGAGUUGAGAUCCGUAAUUUAACAUUUGCAAAGCACUUCAGGAGCUGUGAUGCUCUGUAAGUAUUAGUUGAAAGUCCCUCAGGAAGGAGGUCCCAUUGUAUUUGUAAUAACUUGAUUGCAAUGCUGUAAUCUUGCGUUUUAAUAUUUUUUUAGGGAACCCGUGAUAUUUAUGUUGACUUUAAAGCACUUGGUUGUUGGUUUGUUGUUGUUGUUUGUUUUGUUUUAAAUAUAUAUAAUCAAUUGAGUUUACCUGCCUCAGUCAGGUUAAAAUAGGGCUGUAAAUGGUGGAUGUUUGAGCCAAAGAUGCAGGCUACCAACUGAAUAUCUACACUGAUUACUGUAUUUUGCUUUGGUUUCUUGAAAUUGGGCCUGUUGUAGUAGUAGCAGUUACUAUAUAUGCAUCACUUUACAGAUGCCUCUAAAUGGAAUAAGCUUUGUCUAAGAUAUGCAUGACUGAUUAAUUGGUUAAAAUGUAGUGUGUGUGAUCUCAUUCGGCAUAUUUAAUACACAGUUGAUUAAUGAAUGUUAACAUUGGAAUUGCUUGGAUUUAGUCAUGACAACUUUUUGCUGUGGCUGUUAGACAAUCUCAAGGGCUGAAAAAGAACUGCUAAUGAAUGGAUACUGUACCGUUCUGUUUGUCAGCAAAUUUGUACAGUAAUUUUUUUUGUAUAGUUUCAGAUGGAAUUUGUACAGUUCUUUUAGAAGGUAUUUACAGUAACUACUGUAUUCAAGAAUGUAUUUUGAAAAAGACUUGGAAAGUCUUGGGACAAGCUAUAGAUGAUGCUGUCUGUUUGCUAUGUAGAAGUAACGCAGCUCAACUGUGUAGACAUGAUUUAGGUUCCUAGCCCCAGUUGUGUUGUGUAGGGUGCGAUAAUCCUGUGAAAUUGCCAAGAUUGCUGCCGCCACCCACUCAGACUUCAACAUUUGAAGCUGCUGGUGGCUGUGAGGUAAUGGCAGGAGCCGAAGUUUUGUCCUUUUCACUUCAAGAUGUUUCUUCCCUUCCUUUGCCCUCACUGCCUGCUUCCUGUAGCAGAUGUUCUUCUGGCAGGGUAAGAGCACAAGGAAAGAAAGAAAGAAAAUCCUUCCUCUACGACCCCCUUCCCUAGAACUUGUUCCUCUCACUGAUGUUACUACGUAGGAAGAGACGCAGAUGUCAUUGGGCUCUUCCCACUGAUGUAACGAGUUCUGUCAGGAGAGAGGAGAAGACUUGAGUUAAUCCACUUUUGUAGGCUGCAAACCAGUCAGUGGUUAUUUCUGAAAGGGAUGAUUUAUUCCAGUAGCUCAUUAGCAAUAUUAAUUCCACAGCUGCAUACCUUUGUGCCUUUUUAUGCCUGAAAUUAAGUAGAAAUUCCCUUUGAACUUUAGAUAAGUUGUUAGAAUGCCGAUGACUGCACCUUGUUUUCCUCUUACCUGCCAAUAUUUUGUUGUUGGGCUUUUGUAGUAAGAACUCUGCAUAAUAUCUAGAAACAUAAGUACUCACAACAGGUACUAGGUGUGCGCUCGGAAUGUUAGCCUGCUUGUAGUAUGCAGCUUUCUUGAAUAUGAAGUGUGAGCAGGAAACUCAAAGCAUAAUGUGAUUCUUUUGUGUGUAUUAAUUGCAGUAUAUCAUUAGUUCAGUGGGGAGGAGUGUCUGGAGCUAUCUUUUAAAAGCACAGCUGACAUAUGUACUGGAUCAGUCCCCAAAGACUGGUAGUUGUGUAAAUUGGGUUCAAUUUUUGAACCGCUCAGAAUACCUCAUAUGUAAAUAGAGUUGUCAUGACUUAAUCAAAAUGUGUUCGUUGUAAAAAGUAAAGGAGCCACUGGCUGGCUCAGCUUUAGGCUUGUUGUUCUUGCCUCAUUUUGUAAUUUUUUUAAAGUAGGGUUUACAGCUAGAAUUUUGAAUGCCAAAGUUCUAUUUAUUAAAUAAUAAUAAAAGUUUUCAUUGUUAAUGACUGGUAUUUUUUCACUGGAAUUUGUUUGUUGAUGUUUGGGAUUUGUAUCCACAGAGCAAAAAUAAAUUUUGUUACAAAACUGA